AUGAUUUCUCAAAGUGCGAAAGACAGGGCGAUUUAUAUCACGGAAGUUAUAUUCCAACAAAUCCUAGCUAUUUUUUGUGUUAUAAUACUCUGGGAACUUUUCAGUCAGUCGAACUAUGAUUUCUCUACAAAAAGAACAUGGCAUAUACUUCUCUGCGUAUUUGGGUUUGCAUUGUGUAUGGCAGAAGGAGUCCAGAUAUUCAGGAAAGAAAGUAUAGUGACAGUCGGAAACAAUAGACUCGACAAGGCUAUGGCUCACCUGAUAGUGAUGUGCGUUGCUUUUCUGAGCAUAACCAUCGGAAUAUCUCUGAAAAUCAGCGAAAAGAGCGACUUGAAUAGAGAACACUUCAAUUCGACUCAUGGUAUCCUAGGUUUAUCAUCUUGGAUUAUAGCAUUCGUCACAGCUUUGGGUGGUGUAAUUGUCAAAAAUUCCGACAGACUCAACAUUGGAAGGCCGUCCUUGUUCAAAUUUGUCCAUAUUCUCUUCGGCGUGAGUGCCUACGUUCUGGGCAUCGUGAGUUUGGGCUACGGUUUGCACUAUUUAUUGGUUAUUGGUAGCAAUCGUAUCCACGGAAGGGACUUUUUGAUCGCCUUGAUGAGCAUAUAUGUGUCCUACAGCCUUAUAGGGCCUUGCUUGUCUUUGUUUCACUUCAUGAAGAAGUGA